AUGGACCCAGAUACUGCUCAAAGAAAGAAAAGAGUGUUCAUUUCGUUACUUGUCUCAAUGGGUAUUUUAUAAACCUUGUAUAUGAAUCUGGCAACUUUCUUCCCGAGAUUUGCGUAGACUCAUUAUGCCUGGGUCAAAGAAAUUCAAGUCUCGAUUGUGCUCGCUAUGUUCUAGGUAGCCUAUCUCAUGGUUGCUCCUGUUAUUGGAUCAAAUUUACAAAGAAUUGGAAGGAAAAACUCCAUCUUAAUAGGCUAUACUUUAUGUAUGCUUGCUACUGUAGGAUUCGGACUUAUAGCUUAUAUCCCUUAGGGUGGACAUGAUGCAAACGGUGAUUAAGAAGAGGGCCCAUAUGAUAAGGUCUUUUUCGCUGUUGCAAUCAUCAUCAGAUUCAUCUAAGGAAUUGGUGACUCUAUGGUUAGCACAGCAGCUUACUCUAUUAUAUCAAUCGAAUUUCCAACAGAAAGAGAGAAGUAUGUAGGAUUUUGUUAAACUGCUGUUGGACUUGGUCUCUUAUCUGGUCCCUUUAUAGGGCAAACUAUUUAUAUCGGAGCUGGAUAUUCUGGCACAUUCUAUGCAAUGGCUGGCAUUCUCUUUAUUGCUUUGAUUAUUGUCUCCUUACUGAUCCCCAAUUCUUUAAACACUUAUAAUAGUGAAUAUCCUAGUGAAGAAGUCCUUGAAUAAAGAAAUGAGAGGGCCUCAGUUCAAGCCAUGCCUAUUCAUAAAGUUGCUGAAAGAGCUAGUUUCAACGUAGUUGGCCUAGCAAAGAAAUCUUAGAGAUAUAGCAGAAGAAGUGAUAUGUUGAUGGCUCAAGUUACUUAUAAGAUUUUCUUUACAAAUGUGAGAGCUAUGACUGCUAUUAUUUCAAGUAUGUUCGCUAUGGUAUUCAUGCUUUUUUACGAGCCCGUAUUAUCAAACUAUUUGGUUGAAUCCUUCGAUGUCAGUGAAAAUGUAGUUGGAUACUAUUUCUCAAUUGGAUGUUUCACAUACGCUUUAGCUUCCCCUUGUGUUGGUAUUCUUUGCUCUAAAAUUCCAAGAAGAUAUGUGACAUUAGCUGCCUUUUUGAUGGUCUCAAUUUCUAUGUACUUGCUUGGGCCUUCUAAGGUUCUUGCCUUCCCUCACAAACUUGGAUUUACUCUUGCUGGUAUUGGUUUCUUAGGAUUUUCAGUCUCUUUUGUAUUUGUACCCCUACUUCCAGAAAUUGUCUCUGCAGUCUCAGAAAAAGAAGGUCUUGAAUAAACUCCAUUCUUGUGCGAUAAAGCUUCAGGAAUUUUCAAUUCAGCUUACGGUAUUGGAAAUUGUAUGGCUCCCUUAAUUGGCGCAGCUUUGACAGAAAAUGUAGGUUUCCCAUCCACCUGUGACAUCAUGGGAUUCUCAUCACUAGGAUUCUUCUUAUUCUAUUUCUUCUUCGCAGUUCUUCCAGCGUUGAUGCAAAAGCCAAAGCUUCAUGAUCCACUAGCAGAGACUAUUCCUGAUAACAGUAUCGUAAUGGACGGUAAUCUCUCAAUGGACUUUAAAAAUCCAGGUGCUUUGAAUGAUUCACAUGCCAUGAAUAAUGUCGAUAACAACAACAAAUAUAACCCUUGA